UUACAAGCAGGCAGUCAGCGUGCAGAAAACCCAUGAGAGUGAGAGAGAUAGAGAAUGGUCCAUCUCUUUCAUUCUUAUGGGUUUUCUUCAUGCAGGCUGCCUGCUUGCAGAGGCAUGAAAGAACCCUUAUUUUGACUACAUGGUUUAUAGUUCUUCGUGGUUCCUUGGGUUUCUCCAAGAACUAAAAGUAAAACAAAAUGGACGACUCAUGCCCAUCUAAAGUCGAUACAACCUACUUCUGCAGAAUAUGUGACGAGAAACCACGCCAGUACACGUGUCCACAAUGUGGUAUCAAUUACUGCUCUCUUAAAUGUUACCAGUCAGAAGGACAUCAGGAUUGCUCAGAAUCUUUUUAUAAAGAUUGGGUAGAAUUGGAAAUGCAAGUUCGAGAUUACGACCCAGAAAAUAAAAAAAAAAUGUUAGAAAUCUUCGAACGACUAAAACAGCAGGCGGAGGAACCAAGUAUAAUGGAAGACAUUUUUAACGACAGACGUGAAGAAGACCCAGAACAAUUGGAUUCAGACGACGAAGAAGAUGGUCCAUCUUUAGAAGAGCGACUUGCGAAUAUAGAUUUGGACAAUGCUGACGUACUCUGGUCUGCAUUAACGAAUGCAGAGAGACAGGAAUUCGAAACACUACUUCAAAGUAACGAAAUUGAUCAAAUGGUGCCUCAAUGGAAGCCCUGGUGGGAACAAACUGUUGAGAAAAAACUGGUACGAGAAGUUGAUGAGAUUCCAGAAUAUCAACACUUAUGUCCUGCUUUAGUCGUACCACCUAAAAUAAUAGGCCAAAUGAAAUCUUCUACGUACGUCCAAUUCAACAUGAUGAAUGUAAUUUAUUCCUAUGCGUACACUGCAGUCCACUUUUCUGGAGAUCACCUGAAUUCAGCUAAAUUAGCGACUCAGGUAUUCCUUUACGUGUGUGACAAUAUGAGCCAAAAAAAAGUAUUCACCGACGCUGAGUCUGCUGCGAGGGCCGUCUUUCAACGCAUUUUUGGGGAAUCAAACUUAAUGGAAAGUAAGGCAAAUGGGAGAAUGCUGAGUGUUAAGCAAGCCGGAGAUCAAAUAAUGCGCGGUCCUGAAAAGGCAAACUGUUGUUAUUACGUAAUAGCUGCCUUAUCUGAUUUACACAGAUUAGUUUCCAAAGCAAAGGUAGACUUAAAUUGUAAAUCAGAACCAGCAAAAACGCAAUUUCCCAGAAAAUUCCAAGAGCACAAGGAUUUAGAGAGAAUAGAUGUUUCAAAGAAAAACAUCGAAUUGCACUUAAAAAAACUAGAAUUCUAUCUGUCGUGGAUAAACCUUUAUGGAAAAAAAUUGUGUGGAACGAAGUUACAUUAACGGGAACGAAAUCUGGAGUCUAUUCAACUAAAAAUAAGAGAUUUUUAAGUAUUAAUUUAACGUUUCAUGCAUGCAAUAUGUUUUAAAUAAAUUCGUGAAAUAUUUUUUAC